GUCGCACAGGGGCUCUCUGUUUGCCUUCACCUUCGAAUAUCAUUUUCGUUCCUUCUUCCUUCUUCCUUCUUCCAUUUCCAUUCUUGCCUCUUCAAUCUUUAAACCUCCAAUCCCAGAGCCGAUAUGUGUUACCACCAGAUUUUCAUCAUUGCGCAUAUCAAUGAUCGCUAUCGUUGCCUCGCGAAAGCAGUAUUCUUCGAACCGUGGCCAUACGGUAUUUCAGUACCUUCAAGAUGCGGACGUCUCAUCUCGCUUUUCGAAUCUUCGUCAAACGCGUUGGCGAUAUCUUCAGAGCUUAGCUACGCCAAAACGCUACCACCGUCAUUUUGGGAGGACAAGGAGUCGGACCAGGAGUCGGACCAGGAGUCGGACAAGGAGGGAGACGAUGACCCUGCCGCCAAAAUUGAAUACCCCGAGCAUCCCUUCUCAUACAUCGAGACUUGCCUUACUGUUGGGGCAUCGUGGGAUCCCAUGAAACGCCUAUACAACGAGGUCGAUGUAAGUGGCACACGUGAUACCAAGUCCAAUUACAUGGCACGGGUCUUCGACCAUGAGGGAAAUACGAUUCUCGAUAUCACCAAUCUUCAGCGAGUGCGUUACGCGUUUGAGAAAUUCUUAAGCAGACGAGAUCUGCUAAAAAGCCCUUGCACGGCUUCUGAAUACCUUCAGCAUUACAACUACGCCCGAAAGAAGAAAAUAUCCGACGAUCUUCAAGCAGAAUACGACCUUGCUUGUAGCGCAUGUCUAGAUCAUGAUCUAUUGGAUAUUACGACAAUCAUCAGCGUCUGGCCAAAUUCACCAUUUAUGGCUGUGGCCCCCACUGUAAAUGACGAGGGUGAUGUUAAGAGUGGUGAGAUUGCCAUGCCUCAAUAUGAUGCAUUUGCUUAUUUCUACAAGGCUCUCCAGACACACAUAAAAAAACGGUAAGUGGCCAACCAGCAACACUCAAAAAAGCUUCAAUGGAUAAAAUCUUUGAUGAACUGCUUAUUUGUUCUCAUGAAGAGUUCAAAGGCACGUUGAAAGUAAGUCAUCUACCACCUAUCUUCCAUGUGCCUUGUGACACCUUCCUUAUUUCAUAAAACAAAACAGAAAGAUUCAGCUAAUGAUAACGUGAUUGGCAAUAGACUGCCACGCUUUUAUCGGAUUUCUGGCCAAUAGUGAAAUCCAAACUUUUCAACAACCCUGUUCUCUUUCACCUCGGACCCGACAAAGGUUUCGGCGCUGUUAGGCUUCUUGUACACGCCCAUGAACACGAAAAAACUAUUGAUCUGUGUCCUUACCAAUUGACGGAAGAUCAAUUGGAAUACUUUCUAAUCUCCGGUCCGACGAGUUUGCCAAAUUUGAAAGUUUUAAACCUAUCUGGGAGCCGUCAUUUGACUGAGGGACUGCUGAGAAAGAUAAUUUUCAACCACAAAAGUUUGACCACAUUGUAUCUCCUGAAUACUCCACAUAUUCCACUAAAGGCAAAACUCAGCAUUCUAAGAGGAUCCAGAAUUACAGAGUUCUCGGAUACUGAGAUGCUCAGUUUUGCUUUCAUUGGUGUACCGGAACCGGAAAUUGGCUCUGACUUUGACUUUGACCCCAAGGAUGAAAAAAACAUUGUCGGUGGCGCACAAAAACAAGCAGUCCAAAACGGCGAGAGAAGACAAGAAGAAACGAGACAUUCGCGAAAACCUCCUUCUCUCAGUCACAUGCCACUUCCAGUAUCGCAGAUCAUGCUCGUUGGGCUUGAAGUCUGUAAGGGAGGCGUUGUUGACAUAAAUAAAAUACGCCUUCGAAAUUACGACCCGAUUUAUGCAUUCCCAUUCAACUUGAACGGGCUCAAUCGGUCUCUUUCCUCGUGUUUACUUGGCAUCAUUGAUUAUACGCAGUGGCUAUUAUCAAGAAGCAUUCAAAACGAAAUACCACAGCUAGAUCAUAGUUUUUACGGUGAACUGAAGAAACCUUUAGGAGUCUUUUUGGGUAGAGACUCAUCCCCCGACGGCGAAGCAGGAAAGAUCCUUCCGAUCCCCCCCGAGCUGUAUGAAGAUCGCGGAAGGAGAGUACCAUCCCAAACGCCACUAUGUCCUGGGCAGUGGACUUUGAUGAUUGGUCAUGCGCUUCCCCAUAUCCAGCAGGAAGAGCAAUCUUUCGCGCAAGUAACAACACUUCCACCAGCUUUAUACUAUGCUUUCUUGAGUACCGAAGGAAUUUAUUUGAGCAAGGAACAAGAGCAAUAUUCUCAAAGUCGUCUUAUCACAGAAGAUAUUGAUGGGCUUCUCCGCCGACUCGAAGUCGAUACCCCUACGAGGGAGCAGAUUGUAACUCUAUGGCACGAACGACUUGGCAAGCUACGUAUCAAGGAUUAUUGGGGUCCGGAUCUCUCUAAGCUCCUCGAGUGUAGUAUUGAACCAUGCUCCACUGAGGAUGCGGAGUUUCUUCUUGAGUACGCAAUGAAAGGAGUUCAGUCGGAAGGGUCAUAGGUUGUUCAGGGAUUUAAUAUCCGAUGAACCAAUUUGCAUUUCUUCAAACUGUCCUCCUACCCGCGCAGAGAGACACGCAUCUUUGUUUUCUUUUCAACAUAAAAAAGCUUCAUUCUUUGAGAUCUCGGAGCUGAACUUCGACAGAGGGCAUCAACAAGGGAUCUUUAUGGGAAG